AUGUCUUUGUUGCCGGAUGAGAUUCUAGCUGACAUUCUUUGCCGGUUGCCUGUCAAGUGUCUGCUCCGUUUAAGGUGUGUAUCUAAAUUCUGGCUUUCCCUAAUCAGUAGCUCCCAUUUCGUUAAAUUGCAUCUGAGCCGAUCAGUUCAAACCAAGAACAACCUCCGUAUUUUUAUGUGGAAAGACAAUAUUUAUCGGGUGGAUUUUGAUCCCCUCAACGAAGGCUUUCUUCAACCGGCGGCGGUCGAUUACCUUCCGUUGAGUUGUCCUGUGAUGUCUUUGAUUAUGGAAAUGCGUUUUUCAGAUUAUGAUUAUGAUGGUGGAAUUUUGCUUUGCGGGUCUUGUGAUGGUUUACUCUGCGUGUCAAAUGCCAUUUCCAUUAACACUGUCUUAUUAUGGAAUCCAUCAACGAGAAAAUCUAUAAAAUUGCCUUACCCAUUUGUUGAUCUCCGAGAUAAGUAUGACAUUGUCUACAACUGUAUUUAUCGAUUCGGCUACGAUAACACCAACGAUGAUUACAAGGUUGUGAGAAUUGUGUUUCAUUUAAACAUUUUUAAAGCACUCAUCUGUACCGAUUAUGAGUUGAAUGUUUAUAGCUUGAAAUCAAAUUUGUGGCAUACGUCAGAGACGUUUCCUCACUGUCCGAAGUUGGAGAGCUUCGGAGAUUCAAUAGUUAGUGGAGCUCUGCACUGGAUCUCGAUCUCGUCUGUGGAAUCGGAUACAGAAAAGAAAAUCUUGAUUGUUGCCUUUAAUCUUGGGACAGAGAAAUACCGAGUAAUUCCACCGCCAGAGUUUGUUGGACCUCAUUUUCGUUUAAAUUUGGAUAAUUUAAAUGGAUGUCUUUCGCUAAGUUGUCAUUACGAGUCAUCGUUUGUGGAUGUAUUUUUGCUAAAGGAAUAUGGUGGGGGAAAUGAAUAUUGGUCGAAAUUGAUUACAAUAUCACCAACAAAUCAUUUUGUAUCUUUUCACACUGUGAAACCUAUUACUUAUUCAAAAUGUGAACAACAGUCAUUCAAGGAAAUUAAGGAUCAUGGUAUGGAAGAUUUAUCAGAAGUACACAUUUGCCUUGAAAGUUUCGUCUCUGUCGAUGUUCCACCAGCUGAUGGACAGGAAAAAGACAUUGUUGGGCUCUUGGAGAAAACCACUGUUGGGGAGGACAAUGAAAAUGAAGAGAAGACAGAUGGGCUUUUGAUGGAGAUGGAGAAGAUAGUUCAAGAUGGGGAAAAAAAUUUCGAGAGAAAGAGGACGGCGUCGAAAGCUUUACUUAGUCCCUACAUCGUCCCUCGUCCAAGAAAGAAGACGAUUGUUCUCGAUCCUAUGUCGACUUGUAAUGAGCAACUGAGGAAAGAGUUCAAGAAAGAAUUUGCGAAAGGGGCUAGAUUUAAAAAUGUUCAACUCUCUGAUGGCAUUGGAGACCUUAAGUUCUUCACUACAAUUCUGAGGUUAAAUAAGUGGCUAACUGAUGUGGAGAUGAAUGCAGCAAUUUGUCUGCUAAGAGCAAGAGCAUUCGCCUACCCUAAGUCGUACCCGGCGGAUUUCACCAUCUUAGAUUGCCAGUUUGGCCCUUUGAUUACUUCAUACUAUGACGAUUUUGUUGCUGACUCGGUUGAUCCAGAAAAACCAGCUGGCCAUACUUUCUCUGAAGUCAUUUACCACUACCACUGGGGUUUGGUAACUGAGCCUGCUGUUUUGAGACUCUAG